CCUGUGCGUUCCCUUUUGAAUAUUCAUCCUUGUUGCAGUUUCCCCCUCUACACCCUAUUCCUUCCUCUCGCCCUUUAUCUAUAUUUUGCAUAAAUUUUUUGAAGCAAGAUGCGCAUGCGUGAACCGCACAAGUCAAUUUUUUUUUCCAUGUCAAAAUAUAUUUAUUUUACAGAAAACAGAAAACUUUUAAAACUUCUUUUACGAAUUAUUGUUUUUAAGACAUCUUGGACAUUUUACAGUUGGUAUAGCAUUAAAGAUCGGCAGAAAUCAUAGUUUUUAGGAAUUUUCACCUGAGGUCAGGAUCAGUGAGCGCAUUGUUACAUCUGGAUCGCAAGACGCUCUUGAAAAUCUCUACCAAAACAGUGACCUUGACACUUAUCAGAAAACCCGGAAAUGGCAAUGUUUCAAACUGUUAUUGUACUUUUAUCGUCGUGCUGCAAAAUGAGGUAGCUCUAGCGACUGAUUGCCAGACAGAGUAUUGGCCUGAUAUACAUAAAACACAUAUAACAUAAAAAUUGUUGAAAAUUCAUUGCAAAUUCUGAUGAAUGACUAUCUAAAAGAUACUUUUUGGACACCAGAUGCAGGAUCUCUAUCUAUAUGCAUAUGCUUUUGUAACCAGUGUACUGUAGAUAUAUCAUAUGUGAUGUACUACCACCUCACUCACACCAGGCGUGUCAAAUCUCAGCCAGUAGAAAUCAAAAACUAUAUUAAAUUGUACUUGAUUAUUUUGUCAGGCGACAUUGCGUCAAGCCCAGGACAUAUCCGUUAUCCUUGUGGAGGAUGUUACAGGCCAGUGGCCAAAAACCACCGAGCAAUAUAUUGUGAGGGUUGCUACUUCUGGUGGCAUAUUAAAUGUGUUCAUGUGACACCCGUUGAAUACAAUUCACUUGCAAACAGCGAGGACCCAUGGUUAUGCCGUGAAUGCUCAAAUUUUCAUUUUACAGACAGCUUUUUCAGUAAUUCAUAUAUAUCCAUAGAUGAUUCCUACACUUCAGCAGACUCGGAAAAAAUUCUUAACAACUUCGAACCAAUGACAAAAACGAGACAACAACACCCAAGAAGAUUUAUAUGUGCCUGCUUAAAUAUUAAUAGUUUACGAAAUAAGUUUUAUAGUAUUCAGGAAAUUUUGAUAGAAAAUACUGUUGACUUAUUAUUCAUUUUAGAGACAAAACUUGAUGAUUCUUUUCCAAAUUCUCAAUUUGCAGUUGACAAUUACCACAUGUGGCGGGCUGAUAGGAAUUCAUAUGGUGGAGGCAUCAUUGCAUAUCUACGCUCAGACAUCGCUGGUGAAAGACGCCCAGAAUUGGAGUUUAAAGGCAUUGAAUCCAUCUGUAUCGAGGUACAGCAACACUGCAGAGGUUCCGCAAGUUAGAACCACAAGGUAUGGCCUGAACUCUUUCCGCUCGGCAGCGCCCAGAUUUUAGAACUCACUCCCUCAGCAUUUCCGUGAGGAAACAAACCUGAGCCAGU